AUGGAUGCCCGCCGGCGCAAGUGUGAUCGUGCUCGCCCGACGUGUCAGGUUUGUGCUGAACGCGGAGUGGCAUGUGAGGGUUAUGAUGUGCGUCUCCGCUGGGGAACCGGAAUUGCCUCGCGAGGGCGAUUUACCGGCGCCAAUGCGCCAGCCGAGUCGUCGAUUCCACCGAGGCUGCAGGGACGACAGAGGGAUCUGAUUCGGGAGAGGAGGCGGCAGUUGCAGAUAGCUGAUCAAGUGUGCGAACGUUCUCCUGGAUCUGGGACCCUAGUAGAGGGAACUGAAGAAUUACAACUUGGCGCGUUGCUUUCCGAACCUUGGAAUGCGAAUCAUGAUGCGGAGGUGUUCAGUGACUUCCUUUCUUCGGGCAUCAACGUCCUUCACUCCACGACCGUCCAAGAUGGUGAAAUGCCACUCAAAGUACGGCUACCAGGACUUUGUCAACAAUCGGAGGCUCUCUAUCAAAUAUGCAUCACACUACAGGUUUCUAUACGGUUAGACUUGAAGUCUCAAUUCUUCGAGUAUUUUGACGCGGCCUUGAACAAGUUCCGUAGCGAGCUGGCUCAGAGCGAAGCCUAUUUAGAGGAUGAUCAUGCAAGGGAUACCGUGGACUAUGCAUCUGCGAGGGAUGUAUAA